AUGGUGCUCCUCCUCUCCCUGGCGAUGACGCUGCUCGGCGCCUUCGCCGCACUGGUAUACGGCCCCGUCAAGCACACGUGCGAAGUGAUGGGCCUCUUCCGCCCGCACGGCGACGCAUGGGUCAAUAUCCACGGCAUCGAAAACCGGGUCAUCCCGGACACUGUCGCCUGCGAGGACUUGCACUACCACGAGGCGUCUGGGAUGCUCUACUCGGCUUGUUCGGGUGAUAUCGAAGAGAUGGCCGGAUGGUUCCCGGGGGCCACUGCUUUGGACCACCCGGAAAAGGCCAGCCAUGGCACCCUGGUGGUGAUUGACCCGAAGACAAUGAGAUCGCAAAAGCUCACACUGAGCAAUUUCAAAGGACCCUUCGUCGCACACGGCAUCUCCGUCUUCUCAUCAGCUUCAGACCCCAAGACAGUCUACGUAUUCGCCAUCAAUCACCUCCCCAACCCCCUAUGGAAAGCCGGCUCGUCGACGCAGCCAAAGGCAGCUUCGCAGAUCGAGGUAUUCACGCACACUGUCGGAAGCCGGACAGCCAAGCACCUGCGGUCGAUCUCGCACCCCAAGAUCCGGACCCCCAACGACGUGCUGGCCCUUUCCGAGCACGAGUUCCUCGUCACGAACGACCACUACUACCGCGAGGGCCCCAUGCGCCUGGUCGAGGAGCUGAUCCGCGACCUGCGCGCCUGGACCGACCUCGUGCACGUGCGUUUCGACGACGAGGGCAACGUCAACGCGACCGUCAGUCUUGACUCGAUCCCAACGAACAACGGACUGGGCUGGGGCCCCGACCGCCAGCAGGUGCUCAUCUCCGACGCGAUCGGGGGACGCAUCUACUUCGCCGGCCUGCCGGACCCCGCGAACCGCACCGUCGUCGUGUCACACCACGUAAAGACAGGCUCUGUGGUCGACAACCCAAAGUACUUCUCGGACCCGUACGCCGGCCUCGACGGCAAGGGUAAGGACUACAGCGGGUACCUGCUCCCGGGCAUAGGCCGCGGCCUGGACUUCGUGAACAACUACGGAGACGCGACCGGGAAGGCUCCGCUCAGCAGUCAUGUGGCGUACCUACCGGCCGUCGCGGGCAAGGACAAGGCCCGGAGUCUGGAGAAUCCGGCGAGGUUGAUAUUCUCUGAUGAUGGGACGGCGAUGAGGGGGGCUACUACGGGGGUGCUUGUUGCUAUUGAUCCGGCUGUCAAUGAUGGCAAGCGUGAGGGCUGGCUGUUUGUUACUGGUGUUGUUGCGCCGCAUAUGCUGGCCACUAGGAUUGAUUUCGAGACGGUUUUGGGUUGA